UCGAACAUCAAAGGAAUAAAUAAGGGGGAAAAAGAUGGAAUAUUAGAUGAGUAGAUCUAAAUAUUAUAAUACAAUUUAUUGCCCUGUUUGUAAUAGACCAUCUAAAAACUUAUACGAAUUGAAUGUUCACCUAGAUCAAGACCAUUUUGAUGUGGCUGAAAAGCAAAAAGAAACAGUUAAAUCAUGGUUAAAGAAAAGAGUUGAUGAAGCAAAACAAUUAGCAUCGAUUGUAGUUACUCAACAUUAUUUUCAUAAGGAAUUCGAAUUAAAUGAAAAUCAUGUAGAAACACAAGUUACGAAAAAACAUUGGCAAAUUGAUGAAAAUGUACCAUGUUUUUUCGAAUCAUGCCAUAAAAUUCUUGUUUCCAAGGGAGAACGUGUUAAUUGCAAAAAAUGCGGGAAAUUGUUUUGCAAUAUUCACACAUCCUAUCAAAUUAAACUUUCUCAAGAUGCUCAACAUGAUCCUGAUCAUGGUGUAUGGUCUCGUGUUUGCAAAUAUUGUUAUGAAGAAAGAGAAGGAUAUAUGGAUACGAAUGGGCCUGUUAUAGACUAUUUUCCAGAAUUUAAACACUUUCGUGCUCAAGCAGUAGACAAAAUUAAUCUACAUGCUAAUCGACUUGAAAAAAGGGUUUCAAAACUCUUUGAGCUUCUUAUAUUGGAUUCAAAAAAUGAAGCUACUACAAAUUCUUUUUAUAAAUUGGUCAAUUCUUUUAAAUCACGAAAAAAGGCUUUAGAACAAACCAUUGUUUCAUGGGAAGAUGAUGUUUCCGUUACACAUUGUCCAAUUUGCAAACGUUCUUUUAAUUAUACUGAUAAAAAACACCACUGUAGAUUAUGUGGAAAGAUAAUAUGUGCUAAUUCGAAAACACAAUGUUCUUCAAUCGUUCAAUUAAAUAUGAAAUCUCGAUGUUUAAAUGCUUUUAAUUCAAAAAUAGUGCAUGAAAAUUCAACGAAUGCUUCAGUUUAUUCAGAUUUGUCCAUACGUAUAUGUAAAAAUUGUAGACAUAUUGCUUUUUCUAGAAAAGAGUUUUCCGAUUGUCUUUCAAAAUCUCAUCCAUUGGUUACUUUGUAUAAAGAAUUAUCCACACUUAGGCAUAAGAUUGAAAUAUUAUUUUCUGAUUUUAAAUCUCAAUUGAAUGAAUUAAAGAAAGUCCUUAAUAAUAGUUAACUUUAAUACUAAUAAAAAAUUAGAGAAAAUAUAGACCAAAAACGAAUUGAUGAAAUUGCAUUGAUUCGUGAAAAAAUAUUAGAAACAUUCUCUCAAUAUGAUAAAUUGUCAAAGAAUAUUUCUCAAUUAACAACAAAAUCUUUAGCUAUGAAAAAUCUUCAAAUAGAAAUUCAUUCGGAGGCAAAACGUUUCCUUCAACAGCAUAUGUUUUCAUUGCAAUUCGUUCCAAAUUUAAAGAAAAAAUGCGAUAAUAAUACAAACAAAAUAAUACAUUUCCCGGAGUUAAAUGAAAAGAAAUUUUUAGAACUACAGAUUCUUGAAGAACAACGUCAUCAAGUUCAAAACUGGAUUAAAGAUGCAAGUAAACGUAGAAAGUAUGAUGAAGUUGGUGCAUUACUCGAUAAUAUAAAUAUGCUUUCUCUUGAAAUUGAAAAAAUACAAACACAAGCUCAUGAAUUUUCGUCUUCUUUUGAACAUGAAACGUAUUCAUAAUUUGAAAAUAAUUGCUUUUUUUUUUGCUUAAUAAAUAGAUAGAUAA